UCUACUGUAGCUUCCGGUAAAAACAAUCUUUACCCGGUUGCUAAAAUCUAAUAACUAAUAGACUCAUUUAUUUUAUAGGCUAUAGUCUAGAUCUAAUCGAGUAUACUGGAGUCUAGCUAGAUCUAGGUCUAUUACUUGUCUAGACCAGACUAGACUCGUAGUCUGUUGUCAGAUUUAUUAUUUUCUAACUACAAAAAUCAAAUGAGUAUGAAUACUGGUGAAACUGAAAGCAAAACAGAAAAUCAAAAUGAAAACUCAGACUCAGAAAAAGAGAAGAGGACUGCACACACAGCUGCUUUAACAUUAGGAAUCCUUUGUAUAGUCGUUGGCCUUCCAUUGUGGUGGAAAACAACAGAAGUGUACAGAUUUAGUUUACCAUACUCGGACAUUCAACAUUUGUCAGACAAAAAGAUAGAAUAUCUAAUAGAAGCUGAAGUUAUAUGGGCUUCCCCUGUGAAAAAAGAUGCACUAUUUCUUACUGACUUAGCACAGCAUUUAAAUAGAUUUCUAGGAAUUCAACAGCACCAUGCAUCAAGGCUGUCUUCAAUAUUUCGAGUUUCUGUACGUGAAGGAGAAACAUCAGAACUGGUGGCAAUUCAGAAAGUUACCAAAUUGGCUGAUUUAGAAAAUAUUUUAUCAUCUGAUAAUCUCAACAAGUAUAACAUAGUUGUUGUAAAGGAGUCCAGCAUCAUUACUCAGCCUCUCAUAGCACCUAAAAACUGUAUCUUUUUACCUUAUAAUGGGGCAGAUGUGAAUGGCUUAACUGCUCAGAUUGCACAUUUGCUUCUAGAUGUCAGUAGAAAUAAUGAUGUUGCAAAAAGCAUGGAAACUGCACAGGGUCUUAAACUACAGAGACCUGAUAAAGAUAUUAUGAGGUCAUUCAGGUAUCAUGCUGGUUAUGACCUGACAUUUACAUUAAUGGUGCCAGAACCAGAGCAGAUGAAUGUUGACUGGACCAUUGAACAAGGAAUUGAAGAUUAUUUAAGUCCUUUAGUAAAAUCACUUGAAGAGUAUACUCAGAUCUCUGUGACAUCUCAGAUUCUGUAUUUAGUCAGUCUAGGUGGGAAACCUAAAAACAAUGAUGGCUUUUAUUUUUAUUCCAAACAAGAUUUACCUCAUGUAAUUAAUCCACUGGAAACAAAAUUAGGAUCUCAUGCCUCCAACAACCCAGGAUUAAAUUUUAUUGUUUGUAUUCCUGCAAGAGACAAAAGUCCUUUGCAUUUGGUGGACAACAAUGGUGUACCUAUUGCAAGCAAUGCUUUUCUCAGCCCUCGAUGGGGUGGUAUAAUGAUCUACAACAUUGAUACAGUCAACAGUAGCUCCCAUCAAUCUUCUCCAGUAGAUGUAGAUAUACACAGAGUUAUGGAGGUGUUUGUCACACAGCUGAGGUUACUGUUAAACAUACAUCCCCAGUGGAUGACAAAUGAUCUAAUGGUCUUGAAUACUGGUAGUUCUGAACUUCAUAUGUGGGAACUAUCUGGGUGGUUGAGGUGUCGAUGUGUUGAGAAUCUUGUGACUGCCACAUCUACACUGCAAUCUUUGGCAAAGCUGCUAGAGGAGAUAGGAAAUAUUGUUAUCAAUGAUGAAAUAGGCAAAGAGGUGGAAGCUGCUGUAGCAGCUAUUGAAGAAAGUCAACUUUUGUUAAAAAAUGGAAAGUUAAAAGAAGCAUUUUUGGCCUCAAAAGCAGCUUUCAAUGCAUCAGAAUUAGCUUUCUUUCAUCCUUCUUUGCUAGAGCUCCUCUAUUUUCCGGAGGACCAAAAGUUUGCCAUUUACAUUCCCCUGUUUUUGCCUAUCAGCAUCCCCGUUGUUACUUCAGUCAUCCAAGCUUUGCGGUGGUUUAAACAACAAAAGAAACUUAAAAGUGACUAACUCAUUUGUUGUAUUUGUUGUUUUUUUUAGUUUUGGUACAUAUUGUGCCUCUCAUUUCAUUAGUUUAUCAUAUUUAUUUAUUUCUCAUACUGUUGUUUUGAAAAUGCAUUCAGAAUAUUUAUCUGAGUGUAUGUGUUACUACUACAUUAAGUGUGUAUGUUUUUAUAUGAGAUUGUUAUUUUAUAUAUUAAUGAUGUUUUUAUGCACAUUUUUUUUAUUUCUUUCUGAUUUAAAAUUUACUUGAAUAAAAAAAUGAAAUAUA